GGUUUCCCCUCGACUCUUUCCGCGGACCCAACCAAAUCCCCGCCCCACUUUAUUCCUGCGUUGUUUGGGGACAGUAGGAAGAUGGCGGCGGCCCCGCUGUACUGUGUCUGCCGGCAGUCGUAUGAUGUGAGCCGGUUCAUGAUCGAAUGCGACCUCUGUAACGACUGGUUUCAUGGCAGCUGUGUCCACGUGGAGGAGCACCAUGCGGUGGACAUUGACGUUUACCACUGUCCUAACUGUGAACCCCAACAUGGACCCUCCUUGAUGAAAAAGCGCAACAACUGGCACAGGCAUGACUACACCGAGCAGGACGAUGGCACCAAGCCAGUGCAGGCUGGCACCUCUGUGUUUGUCAAGGAGCUCCAGAACAGGACCUUUACCAGUGGGGAUGAGAUCCUGCAGUGGAUGCCUGGGGAGCAGGUGACCCAGAGGUACCUGGAAAGCCACGGCUGGCAGUACCCCAUCGCUGUGUCCAACAUAGAGGGACUGGGACUCAGGCUGCCUCAACCAUCCUUUUCUGUCAAAGAUGUGGAGCAAGUUGUCGGCGGUGACAAAGUCAUUGACGUCAUCGACGUGGCCAGGCAAGCAGACAGCAAGAUGAAGCUGAAAGAGUUUAUUAAGUAUUACUACAAGCCUCAUCGGCCCAAGGUGCUCAACGUUAUCAGCCUGGAGUUCUCUGAUACCAGGAUGGCAGAUCAGGUGGUGGUACCUGACGUAGCUCAGAACAUGUCCUGGGUGGAGAACUACUGGCCGGAUGACUCCUUCUUCCCCAAGCCCUUUGUCCAGAAGUACUGCCUCAUGGGGGUUAAGAACAGCUACACUGACUUCCACAUCGACUUCGGCGGCACCUCUGUGUGGUAUCACGUUCUCUGGGGUGAGAAGAUAUUCUACAUGAUCAAGCCGACCCAGGCCAACCUUGCACUAUACGAGGCCUGGAGCUCCUCCCCCAACCAGAGUGAGGUGUUCUUUGGGGACAAGGUGGACAAGUGCUACAAGUGUGUCGUGCAGCAAGGAACCACGCUGCUCAUCCCCACAGGAUGGAUCCAUGCCGUCCUCACGUCUCAGGAUUGCAUGGCGUUCGGAGGUAACUUCCUCCACAACCUCAACAUUGGCAUGCAGCUCAGGUGUUACGAGAUGGAGCGUCGUCUGAAGACUCCAGACCUCUUCAAGUUUCCCUACUUUGAGGCUAUCUGCUGGUAUGUGGCCAAGAACCUGCUGGAGACCCUGAAAGAGUUGCGAGAAGACAACUGCCCACCCCAGACCUACCUAGUGGAGGGAGUGAAAUCUUUAAUCAGUCCACUGAAAACCUGGCUGAAGAGAGAGGUUACGGAGCCCACCAGCGAGGUCCCGGACCAUAUCAGGCCCAACCGUCUCAUUAAAGAGCUGACCAAGGAAAUCCGCUACCUGGAGGAAGACCAGGCCAGCAGUGGUGGCACCAACAAGCCAGUGAAAUCUCAGGGAAGCGGUGGAGGCCAGUGUCCGGCCACGCGCUCCACGCUGGAGAGGGUGUGCCCGGCCCGUCAGGCACGGCGGGCAGCCCGGAGGCUCCGGGAGCAGCAGGAGCAGGGCCCUAAGGUUCCCUCUAACCUGGAGAUCCUGGAGCUGCACACCAGAGAGGUGCUCAGGAGGCUGGAAGUGGGCCCUCUGGAGGAGGACCCUACCUUCUGUCCCCCGGUGCAUGGGAAGUUCAACAUGGUGUCCACCGCCUCUGCCGCUGCUGCGGAGAACCCAGACACACACCUGCGUCUCACGCUGCACAACGGACGGAUCAUCCGAGACGCGAGGAGACCAGGUAGUAGCACGGCUAGCAGCCCGGUGAAGGCGGAGAGUGAGAGGCCGUCCGUGGGCCAACUGAAGAGCAGAGAGGAGAUGAAGACUGAGUCAGACCAGGAACAGCAGCACAGCACUAUGGGAGGAGAGGUGAAACCAGGCCACCUCAGGGGUAUUGAGAGGGUUAAGACUGAACUCAGGGAAGAAGCCUCAGGACACUCCGACGUGUCGGACAUGGAUUCGGACAGUGAUUCCAACACACAGCAAAACACCUCUUCUGAGGAAGAUUCAGGAAGCUCCCAGAGUGAUGAUGAUGAGGAGAGGGGCUCAUCCCAGAGGGCCGCGGGGCACACCAUAGAGCUAGACCAGACAGACCUGAACCUCCGGCACAAACACAAGCCACUCAAAAGAGAACGUCCUACUUCACCCAGCACAGAGGAGGCCAUUCAAGGCAUGCUGUCCAUGGCUGGCCUGCUGUGCCCCUCCAAGCCAGACGAGGCCGCCACUUCCCAGGAGCCGUGGUGGUCCAGCCCGAGCCGAGGCUCGCCGGAGCGCCGAGAGCAGCACCAGCGUCGUGUGGCGGGGGACAAGAGCCCCAUGGACAGCCAGGGCAACAGCAGCAGCGAGGCCUGGGACAAUCGGGGGCCCCUCUCCCUUGGGGCCCUGAGCCAAGACGCCAGCCCAGAGGCCGACAACUACCAGUACUGUGAUCCCUCAAUGUCUCCCCCUCUCCACCCCUCCAAAAGACACGCCUCCAACUCCCCUCCCAUCAGCAACCAGGCCACGAAAGGCAAGCGGCCCAAGAAAGGAAUGGCCACGGCCAAGCAGAGACUGGGGAAGAUUCUGAAGAUGAACCGACACAAUGGCGUCUUUGUAUAGAGCUCUGAGGGCCACAGGCAAAGCUAAAGGAGGGGAACAGACCCCUGUCCUCACAUCCAGAUUAUUCUGUACAUUUAGUCAACACCUUUUUGUCCUGGAGAAAUCACUGCCUGGGGAAAGGGCCCAUCUGAGAGACUUGUUGUUGUCCGACACACAAAUGAACAGGCUUACUGUGCAUGCUUAGGACCACAGGGUAUUGAAUUCACAUGAGCAAGCUACCAAUCAAGCGCACAGCUUCACUGCAAGCACUCUAAAACGUAAUAGAGAAGAAGGGAAAAAAGCAUGUUGAUUACUCAACUUCAGGGAAACUUAAGAGUUCCAGUGGGCAUCAACGUGCCAUGGGGAAAUGUUUGAUGUCCGGAUGAGGUAGGAAUGAGGUCUACAGUACAUCGCAACAUUGAAGACAAAUCUUCAGCCAAUGUUAAUGACGCGCGUAAGCCAAUGCAGGCUGCGUGAUGUCCCACCAUCUGCAUCUCCCAGCGCUGCCUUCCUUGAAUAUCUGCAGCACUAUGAACUGGAUGAGACCCAGGACAAGAUGGAAGUUUGGAUAUACAGACUGGCAUUGACCCACCUGGCUCUGUGUCUGGGCUCUCUAGCAGGGUCCUUUUUGUCCCUGAGGGAAAAAAAGUGCUCAUCUAAUUUUUCUGAAUGGUGCUUAAUGUUUGUACGUCCUCCAUGCUCCCAACUCCCCUUAUCUCAAUCACACCAGCAAUAAUGACGUUGAGUAGAGGAGAAGUUUUGAGAGGCAGCACUCUUGGUUAGUCUUCCCUGCCACAUUGUGUCAUUCAUCUAUUUUAAAGACAAUUGCCUAAUUUCAUUGCACUGUUUUUUGGGAAGGUGAAAUCCCAUCAGGUCUAAAACAAUUACAUUUGAACCUGUCUGCAUUAAUUCAUUAUAAGUCUCUCUAUUUGAAUUUCACGUUCAUAUGAAAGCCAUACACCUCGAUAUAGAAUUUAUGAUUUUGCUGCCCUCUGAUGGUCAAAGGAGACUAACAGAGAGAGUGAGUGCUGCCUCAAUAAGAAAUGUUUUAUCGUGUAAGUUGUUUACUUGGUUGAAAAACAACUUGUAUAAUAUCUUGCUUAAUUUAUUUCAAGUUGUUACUUGAUUUUAAUGUGUUAUUUCUUUAUGGAUUCUGAGUUAUGUAUUUAUUAAUUGAAAGAGGUGAAUAUUGAUUUUAUUAUAUUUUGGCCCUAAACCUCGGCUAUUCUGGGAAUUCGAGUUUUUUUUUUUCUUUCUCUCUCUUAUGCUUAUUGUAUAUGUGGACAUUUUAGACUUCAUGUGGUUAUGAUAUUGUGCAGGUCAGUAAGAAUUUCUAACUCAAUCUUUUUUUUUCUCCACUUCUGUCCAAGUGGUCUUUCUUAACUUGAUUUGAAAUGGUCUCUUCUGGUUUCCUCUGUUUCCAGGGGUUAGUGGAGUUCUGUGUUAAGAGAAUGGGUCAUAUUGUAACUCCAAAAGGUUGCUACACCUAUAGCCUACUUGACGUUGUCUAACGAAAAAUACAUUUUGAACAAUUUAAAUAGGGUGGGGUUUUUGGGGGGUGGGUCCUAUGAUAUGGUGCUUAAAUCAAAUCAAAUUUAUUUAUAUAGCCCUUCGUACAUCAGCUGAUAUCUCAAAGUGCUGUACAGAAACCCAGCCUAAAACCCCAAACAGCAAGCAAUGCAGGUGUAGAAGCACGGUGGCUAGGAAAAGUAAAGUAAGGUGUGUGAUGUGAUUUGAUUUGGAUUUGUAGUUCUUCACUCUCAGGGAAUGAUGCCACAGACAUGACCACAGCUAUGACCACAGAUAUGUAGCUGGUGAUUACCUUAAUCACCAACUACAUCAUGUACACUGUAAGGCAAGUUCUUCCAACCAGACUCUUGUUCCACUUAUUUCUCUAACCAAGCAGUUGUGCAUUGGAAUUGACCAAGUUGAAGAAAUCAACAGUCAUCUCUAUUUGGAGAUGGUACUCAAGCUCUGCCUAGCUACUAACAUUUUUUAACUCCAUUGUAUCAAUUUCAAUAUGUAACUCAAUAUCCAAGAAAUCCAAUCUUCCAGCAUCUACCUUCUGAUAGAGCAGACCCCCCCCCCCCCUCCAAAAAACACAGCUUGUCCCAAUAUCCUUAGACACCCUUGCUCUAGUCUACAGAGUAUUUCACUGAAUGACAUCCAGACUUAGUCACCAAGUAACUUUAAUAGCACCCUUUGAACAGUAUCGGACUUGAAACUGUGCUAUGAGUUCAACUUGCAGUGCACCUGACCGUGGCAUAAUUGUGGUCUAUCGCUUAGGCCUUAAUGAGAUUUUACCUAAUGACACAAAUAUCACACUUUCAUGUCUUCCCCUCCAUGGAAUACAGUGUUUGAUCCUAUUGCCAGACAUUUCCAUGAACUCUACACGUUCACCUUUUAACUCUUAUUGCAUGUUGAAGUCCUCACCACUCGUCUGUGUAGUAAUAAGCACAAGAACUAGCCUGCAGGCAGGGUUUGUUAUUAGCAGUUCUCUUUCAUUGUAUAGUAUUUACCGUAAACUCUUACGUACAAAUCUAUUUGCAUUUGUGUUUUUUUCUAUCAAUGGUCAUGUUUCUUCUCUGUGCAUUAGUCCUUCAGAUGGUUUGAUUUAUCAUGAUUUGAACCAUAAAAACACUGGCUUACUGUGACACUUACUUGAUGCAUUGAAUAUGUUUCAGCAUUUCAAAAAUGACCUGUAAAUAUAAAAAUGAACUGA